AUGGUAGCAGCGUGCACGAGGCAGGAGGAGGGGCGGCACAAGACAGCGCGGCGGACGGCGGAGCUGCUGCGGCUGGUGGUGUCGCAGCAGCGCAUGCCCGCCGCGCACCCCACCGCCGCCCUGCUCGACGCCGUGCGCUCCGUGGGCUCGCGCCUCGCCGCCGCCAACCCCUCCGCGGUGGUGGUGGGCAACGUGGUGCGGCGGGUGAUGCACGCCAUCCGCGAGGAGGACGCCACGCUGCACCUCGCCCACGCACACGCGCAGGGGCAGGGGCAGGGACAGACAGAUGCGGGCGUGCGCGGAGGAGGGGGAGCGGGGGCGGUGGGGGGGGAGCGGUGGGGCGAGGAGGGCGAGGGCGAGGGGCGGGGGGGCGGGGGGGCGCUGUCAGCAGCGUCGGUGGCGGGGAGCAACCGCAGUGUGCUGCUGGCGCCGUCGCUGCACAACCUGCUCGACCCCGCGCUGCUGCCCGCCACUCCCCCCUCCUCCUCCGCGCCCCUCCCCCCCUCCGCCCGCUCCUCCGACGGCGCCUCUGCCCCCUCGCCCGCUGCUGCCGCCACCGCUGCUGCUGCUGGUGCGUUGGGGAGCGCGGAGAGGAGGGGAUGGGUUGGAAGAGAGCGGCGAGGUCGGGAUAGGUUAUGUGGAAGGGAGGGCAGGCAGGAGGGAUGGAGUGCAGAUGAGAGAGAAGCGACCCCACUGCUGCUGCUGCCAGUUGCAGUGGCCCCAUCGCCUCCUCCCCUCCUCCCCCCAUGGCAGGUGGUGGUGGCGGAGGGCGCCCCCUGCUACGGCGGGCACAAGCUGGCGGCGGCGCUGGCGGCGCGCGGGGUGGCGGUGACGGUGAUAGCGGACGCGGGGGUGUUCGCCCUCAUGGCGCGCGUCAACCUCGUGCUGCUCGCCGCCCACGCCGUCAUGGCCAAUGGCGGCGUGCUCGCGCCCAUUGGGCUGGACAUGGUGGCUCUGGCAGCGCGGCGCCAUGCCGUGCCCUUCGUCGUGCUCGCCGGCAUCUUCACUGUGUGUCCGCUGUACCCACAGCAGGCGGGGCUGGCGGGGCUCAACGACCUGCGCUCGCCAGCAGGAGUGGUGGGGCUGGCGGAGCUGGCGCACUGGGAGGGGCUGGCGCACCUGGGGGCUGCUCUCACCACACAGGGGCGGGGGAGUGGCAAGGCGGGCGCACAGGGGGGUGAGGAGGCGGAGGGGCGGUGGGGGGAGGCGGAGGCGGGGGUGGAGGUGGAGGUGGAGGUGGUGAACCCGGCGUUUGACUACAUCCCCCCGGAGCUCGUCACUCUGCUCGUCACCGACACGGGCGGACACAACCCAUCGUACAUCUACCGCCUGGUGGCGGAGUACUACAGCCCGCACGACCACAACCUCUAG